GCUGGCAUGUAGUACUUUUCAAACAAGAAAAAUACUUUUAACAACCCUCCCUCUUCCUUAAACCAAUUUCAAUUUAAUAAAAGUUUCCCUCAUCAUCAAUGCCUCAACCUAACCUCCUUAUCACUCUUCUUCAAUCUGUAACCAUGAUUCUAUGUUGUGUUUCCACUACUGAAUUUGUCUAUAAUACAAACUUCAACUCUACAAACAUCAACUUAUAUGGAAAUGCAACCAUUAACAGAUCCAUUCUCACUCUCACUAAUGAAAGUUUCUUCUCAAUAGGUCGCGCUUUUUACCCGAAAAAAAUACCUACCAAACUUCCCAACUCUUCCAUUCUUCUACCUUUUGCUACCUCCUUCAUUUUCUCUGUUGCCCCCGUUAAAAACUAUAUUGCAGGACAUGCCCUUGCCUUCAUAUUCACAUCUUCAAGAGGUCUAAAUGGCACAACAUCAGCCGAGUAUUAUGGUCUUUUCAAUCUCACCAAUGAAGGUAAUCCUAAUAACCAUGUUGUUGGUAUUGAAUUUGAUAUAGUUAAAAACGAAGAAGAAUUCAACGAUAUAAAUGACAAUCAUGUUGGCGUUGACAUAAAUUCGCUUAGAUCCUUAACUUCACAUGAGGCUGGCUACUGGGGUGGAAAAGAUGACAAUGAAUUUAAGGUGUUGAAGAUAAAGAGUGGAGAAAAUUAUCAAGUAUGGAUUGAAUUUUUGCAUUCUCGUAUAAACGUUACUAUGGCUCGUGCAGGACAAAAGAGGCCUAAUGUUCCUCUCAUCAGUGUGAAGGUUAACCUUUCUGGGGUUCUUAUGGAUGAAACGUACGUUGGAUUCUCUGCAGCCACAGGAAGAUUAAUCGACAGUAGUAGGAUUCUUGCUUGGAGCUUUAGCAAUACAAAUUUUUCAAUUGGUGAUGCUUUAGUGACAGAAAACUUGCCUUCAUUUGUCCCUUAUAAGGGAUGGUUUUCUCGAGCAAAAGUUAUAGCUGUAGGAGUCACCAGUGUUGUCUGUGUGUUGAUCAUCGGUUGCGGUUGUGUAGUGUUUUUCAUCCUAUAUAGGAAGGAAAAGGGAGCUACAGAAAUUGAAGAGUGGGAACUAGAAUAUUGGCCACAUAGGAUUAGUUUCCAAGAGGUUCAUGCAGCCACAAGAAGGUUCUCUGAAGAAAAUGUGAUUGCUGUAGGAGGGAAUGGAAAGGUAUAUAAAGGGAUUUUGCAAGGAGUUGAAGCUGCGGUGAAGAGAAUCCCUCAAGAAAGAGAAGGUGGAAUGAGAGAGUUUUUAGCAGAGGUUUCAAGCAUAGGAAGAAUGAAACAUAGAAAUUUAGUAGGGUUGAGAGGUUGGUGCAAAGAAGAAAAGGGAAGCUUGAUUCUAGUUUAUGACUUCAUGAAAAAUGGAAGUUUAGACAAAUGGAUCUUUGAGUGUGAAGAAGGAAAGAUGCUAACUUGGGAAGAAAGGAUUCAAGUUUUGAAAAAUGUAGCUGAAGGGAUUCUAUACCUGCAUGAAGGUUGGGAAGUUAAGGUCUUGCAUAGAGAUAUCAAAGCAAGUAAUGUUCUACUUGACAAGGACAUGAAUGCUAGGUUGGGAGAUUUUGGAUUGGCUCUUAUGCAUGAGCAUCAUGGACAAGUGGCCAGCACAACAAAAGUGCUAGGGACAUUAGGAUACAUUGCUCCGGAAGUGAUUCGAACGGGAAGAGCGUCGACUAUGUCUGAUGUGUUCGGCUUUGGUGUAUUGUUGUUAGAAGUAAUUUGCGGACGAAGACCUAUUGAAGUGCAAAAGCCAGGACUAAUUGAAUGGGUGAGGUCUCUGUUGAUGGUUAACCAAUUGCACAAUGCUGUUGAUGAAAGGUUGAAGGACAAAGGAGGAUACCAUAUUGAGGAAGCUGAAAGAUUGCUUCAUUUGGGUUUGCAGUGUUCAAAUUCAGACCCUAGUGUUAGACCAACAAUGAGGCAGGUUGUGAAAAUUCUGGAGGGAGAAAUGACCAACAUUGAGUGUGAUGAAGAAAAUAUGGAGAUGAGUUUGCUUGGAAAAUUAAAAUCAGCUGGGAUGUGGUCUAAAACAAUUAGUGCAGUUCCAUAUAGAGAUCACCUUACUUUUGGAGAAGUUAAAAGUUAUAACUCAAAGGCAUCUACAAGUGGCUCAAGUGUUAUUCAAGCAUCAGAUUCGGAUAUAAUUUGGGAAGGCAGAUAAUAAUAAUAAUAUAAGUUUUUAUGUAGAGUUAAAUUUAUUUUUAGUUCCAUUCUAAAAGCUUAAUUAAUUUUGUUCAUUAGAGUUUAAUUUUAUCUAACAUGUAGUGUAUAGUGAAAAAAAAAAUAUUCUAGCCAGGUCUUUGCUCAUAAUUUGUAGUUUUUGUACACUGCCAUAACGUGGAAGUUGUUGUUUUAUGGAACUUUUCAAUAACCGUGUGCUUAUGAAACGUCCAAAGAAGGAUGCAUGCCGUGCCGUGCAUGUCAAGGUAUCUUGGGGGAGGAUUUUUCAGCGUUCUGUUAGAGCUAUUCUUCUGAUAGCAACACCACUUUCUUUGUUUGUGAUGCAUGCAAUGCGACAAAACUUUUCUUCACAAGUCACUUUUCAACCGCUUCAUGGAUUAGGAUCAGAAUUAUACCCCUGCAGUUACUAUCCAAUAAGUUAAUGUUAUUUUUAUUUCUACUGCAAUGUGGUAGCAUAUUAUCAUUUAGUGUAAAUUCAUGUGGUAUAAUGGUAUGCAAUUGCAGUUUUUUAACACCUAACUCAUUAGAACAAUUUUCUCCCUUUUUAUUUGGAGAAGGUCUAAAUAUGAUCAGUUUAUUUGUCUCACUUAUUUAAGUGAAAGUGAAGAGGAUUAAUUUAGAAUUGUGAGAGAUAAAGAAAAAAGAAGGCUUCGAAAGAGAGAAAAGAGUAGA